AUGCCGAUCAAGGGCUACGAGGAGGCCUUUGCAGACCUCGGCUUCUCACUAGAGUUCAACGCGGACGCGGACCUCCGGUUCGUUGAUAGAGACCCGCCGCACACGAACCGUCUCCAGCAUGACAGUACAACGUCCAAUACGGUAUUGUUGCCGUGGCAAAUCAAUGGCAUCGCUACCAAAUUAAGGCACGAAAUCAUAUGGAGAGGGGAGCUCGAUGCCCUGGAUUGCGGCAUGGGCAAAACUACUAAGGUCUUUGCGGCCAUCUACUUUCGCGCCAAAUACAUCGAUGAGCAGCUACAACAGGGGAAGGAGGUUGAUACCCGCCCCACGCUGGUAUUAACCCCAGGCCCGGUCCAGUACGAGUCGCUGAAAGAGCUACGCUCCUGGUUUCAGGGUCUUCUGUGCUUCCACGUCUUCUAUGGGGCCGAUCGGACAACGAUGUCGACUGAGACCCGCGCAACCCUCCUACCUAGCGACGCCGCAGAGGCACAUCAACUGAUCACUCACAUGGACCACCAAGACGUCGUGUUGUUAGUGUAUGAGAACUUCCAGUCUCGCACGCUGGUAGUAAUUCCCACCGAGCCCGAUCACAAGGCAGUAGCCGACCCGAAAUACAAGCUGGCCAGUCCGGCACCAUCCACCGAGGAUGCUCGUAGCCUGGAAGAGGACGUCGUGAAGUGUCGAACUCGAAGCAUUUUAGCCCUGGCCAUGAUGAAUGACGAUGACGAGGACCUGGUGCACUCGGCCACAGCGUUCAGCGUAUACCUCAAGGAGAAUGAAGCCCCUCCGCCUAACGUAUCUAUGCAAAGCCUCGAUGACCGGAAUUUUUCCAAAACGCAUGGCAAAAUUACUACCAGGUAUCAAGAAUGGCUUCUGGAAGCUGUAUACGCCAUCGGGAUUAAUACUCCAUCCGUGCCACUUUUAUAUCGAUCAACAUGGCAGACUCCGGAACCCGAAUACCAGCAGCGCAUGAUACCGGGUAUGGAGAACGAUCAUGAUUUCUUCUCGAUUCAACUCUUUUUCAUUGCUGAUAUAUGGAUGCACAUGGUCCCCGGCUACCACAUUCAACUGGGUAUCCUACGCAUUGUGGACAAUACUGAAAUCCCAUACGUGCUGCACAAUGAAUACGCAAGCACUAGAUCUCUGGAUUCAUCACUCCCCUGGCCACUGGAAAGUCUGGAACCUUUGACCGUAGAGGAAAACCCAGCAGACAUUUACGACCGCGAGCACCUGGAUGUAGAUGAACAGAGGCUCGAAGUGACUAAAGAAAGGAAGAGAGCUGCAGCAUCUAGUGUUUAA